GCGAAAAAUACAUGUUGCGCCGAAGACCAAAGUUUUAUUGUUAUUUCAGGUUCUGAUUGGCACGGACGCACCUGCUGGGCAUGUUGCAUGCCUCUAAAAUUGUCUGAAGAUGGAUUUGGCUUUCUUGAAGCAAAGUCUCCAGAUCCGUGCUGGUUUUGUUGUGCUUCAGUGUGCGUGCAACCACCUGCUGCCGGACCAUGAGUCAGACGCCUUUGUGGCGCCGGUGGCACCUGUAGGGGAGCGGAAGCCCCUGGAUGGAACCAUCACCACUCUAUUUGGUGGUCUGCACCGCUGGGAUGCUCAGUACUUCCUGCACGUGGCUCAGCAUGGCUACACCCACGAGAACACGCUGGCCUUCUUGCCGGGUCUCCCGCUGCUGGCCAGCGGCGGUGCUGCGCCUCUGGUCGCCAGCGGCCUGCUCUCGCCGCCGGCUGCGCUGCUGGCCGCCGCCGUGCUGCUCAACACGCUGCUGGCCGCGCUUGCCGCGCAGGCGCUGCUGGCGCUGUCGGCGCGCGUGCUGCGCGACCGGGCGCAGGCGCGGACGGCGGCGCUGCUGUUCUGCUGGUCGCCGGCGUCCGUGUUCCUGGCGGCGCCGUACUCGGAGGCCCUGUUCGCGUGCCUCAGCUUCACCGGCAUGCUCCUGUGCGAGACGGACCGGCUGUGGGGCGCCGCCGCCGCCUUCGGAUUCGCCGCCGUUACCAGAUCCAAUGGAACGCUGCUGGUGGGAUUUUUGGUCUACAGUCUAUUGAGUAAGCAGAUUACGAUGAUGUUCCCAAGCACCACCAAAGAAAAUGUCGCCAAGGUCCCUCUCCCAGUGGCGCUGCUGUACGCUCUGUGGCGGCUCGGCCAGGCGACUGCCCUCUCGCUGCUGACGCUGGCCGCCUUCGCCGUGUACCAGCUGUACGCGUUCGUGCUCUUCUGCACGCCGGGCGCGCCGCCGGUGGCACCGCACGUACAGCGCUUCGUCCGCGAGCGCCGCCUGGUGGCGCCCGGCGAUAUGAGCUCGCCGUGGUGCAACCGCACGCUGCCCAUGUCGUACGGCUACGUCCAGGAUCACUAUUGGGACGUUGGAUUCCUUCGGUACUACACUCUGCGCCAGCUGCCCAACUUCCUGCUGGCCGCGCCAACUGUGGUGCUGAUAAUGCACGGUGCUGUCACCUACCUAAGGCGGUGGACACUGUCAGUACUCGGUCGUGCCAAAGGUGGCGCUGUCGUCAACCCGCUGCUGCUUCCGUACGUGCUGCACGCGGCGGCACUCACCGGCUUCAUGGUCACGUGCGCUCACGUGCAGGUCACGACGCGCGUGCUGGCCUCCAGCUCUCCGGCGCUGUACUGGUUCGCCGCCCGCCUGCUGCACGGCUCGGCGCUCCGCUGGCUGGCUGAGCCACCGAGUCGAGCCGGCACUGGUGUGCAGCUCUACUUCCUGGCAUACGCCGUCAUCGGCACCUGCCUGUUCUCCAACAACCUGCCGUGGACGUGAGCCGACCGGGCCGCGUGGUCCGCUCUACCAGCCCGGCUCAACCAACCAGUCACGGCCCGGCGCGCCGAGCAUACCGGUCCGGUCUGUUGUGGCGGACGUGGCUCCGGUCUGCUGUGGCGGACAUGGCUCCGGUCUGUUGUGGCGGACGUGGCUCCGGUCUGCUGUGGCGGACGUGGACCCGGUCUGCUGUGGCCGACGUGGCUCCGGUCUGCUCUGGUUUACGCGAGCAUGUUUAGACCGUCCCCUCCCUCAUUCGCCGAUGCGUUCACGAACAGGUGGUGUCGAUGAACCCUCCGCCCGCUCACCACGUAGCCCGGGCGCACAUCGUGGCCUCUGACAUGGUACGCGGCUAUCGACGGGCAUGCCUUCCAUGGCUCAGCACCGGCUUGUCGGGCGGCAGAUUGCUGGUGCACUUUGGACUGUGAUAUCUGAAUUGGUGUAAUUGCCCGUCGCGGAUGUCGGCGCUUGCGCUAAGAGAGUCUGCAAACUGCGGGGUGCUUGAAGGUGGGUUUGCAAUGCACGUCAAUGCCGUAUAGAUAAGACACGUACGCAUGGAAGUACAUUGGGUUUGAGCAUCAACCUAGGAUCUGUUGUGGUAGUAAUCAGAGGGCUGUGCUGUCCUAGUAUGUGGAUAGUUAUCCAUCCAAUGUAUCGUUCAGUCGGCGCCCCACAUCCACAUCUGGUUGCCGCAGCUCGCCAACAUAUAACUCUUCCUUCGUCGCGUUUUGGUUAUAUGCGUAUGUUAGCCUUUUGUUAAGUUGGCAUUGCUGUGAGUUGCUUUGCAAUACAGUGCAAUGUUGCUGUGA